AAUGGCGGCACUGCUGCUGCAGGAGUUGGACGGUUCGGAGAUAUCCAAGCUACCAAAAACAAUUCAAAACAAACUCGAGAAAAUUCUGUCGGAUCAGCAGUACGAAAUCGACUCGUUGAAAGCGCAACAAGAACAAUUUCGUGUUGACAGCGAGCAACAGUUUUUCGAGAAAGUUAAACAACUUUCCCAAUGCCAGGAGGAUCUUCUGUCCCAAACGCAAGAACAGCAUAAUCUCAAAGAAGAGUUUGCCAAACUCAGAGAGGAACUCAAAGGUGUACGCGAGAAGAACAGAGAAUAUGAAUCUGCUCAGGAGAAGGUGUCAUCGGAGCAGGCUUUGCUCUCAAAAGCCAAAGAGGAACUGGAGGGAGAAAAGCGAGAACUAGUGCGGACACUAGAGAGGAGAUCCUUGGAAGUGGAACAUUUGAAUGAUGAUUUGAGGCAACUCAAUGAUAAGUUGGUGGAAGUCAACACCUCUAAGCUGGCUCUGCAGAUGAAGUUGGAUAAGCUUGAAGCAGCUGAAGUCAACAUUAAGUACAAGGAGACGCGAAUGGAACAAGAAAAAGAGCUGCUACACGGCCAGACAUCGUGGCUCAAUGAGGAGCUGAAGGCCAAGACUGAAGAGAUGCUGUCCCUGUCCCGCCAGAAGGGUAACGAGAUCCUGGAGCUGAAAUGCACCUUGGAGAAUAAAGAAGAUGAGUUGAACAAGCUCCAGGAUCAAGUGGCCAGUUUGAAAACCUCCAAUGAACACUUCCAGAAACAAAAUGAGGACAUGAUCAGCAAACUGAAAGAAGCCAAGGAACAACACGCUGCCAUGGAGGAGAAGUUCAGAAAUGAGUUAAAUGCCAACAUUAAGCUUUCCAACUUAUACAAGGGAGCAGCAGCAGAUUCUGAGGCCAAAAGUGAAGAGCUGAGUCGGGCGGUGGAGGAGCUACAUAAACUGCUCAAAGAUGCAGGAGAAACAAACAAGGCUCUUGAAGAGAAGGUGCAGGAAAUAAAUGGCGCCACAGACAAAACCGUUAGUGAGUUAAAGGAGCGGAUCCAGAGCCUUGAGAAAGAACUGGACAACGCCAAUGACCUUCUGUCAAGCUCUAAACUGAGAGGCCCUGUUGGUACAACAUCUCUGCUUACAGAGGAGCAAAUAACAACCAUGUCUCCCACAGCGGCUGCUGUGUCCAAGAUUAAACCAAAUAUGAAACUGACUGAGCUGUACACGGCAUAUGUGGAGAGCCAGGAGCAGCUUCAGUUGGAGCGACUGGAGAACAAACGAGUCAACAAGUAUCUUGACGACAUCGUGCAGGAAGUGGAAGCAAAAGCCCCCAUCCUCAAACGGCAAAGGGACGAGCAUGAGCGCAUGCAGAAGUCAGUGGCCAGUCUCUCUGCCAAGUUGGAGCAGGCAGUUAAGGAGGUGCACCGUCUGCAGAGCGAGGCCGAUGAGGCCAACAAGCGUUCCUCUGUCCUGGAACGGGACAGUCAGAGGUGUGAGCUACAGCUGGGAGACAUGGCACAGCAGGUGCGUGUGUUGCUGAUCGAGCUGGAAGAAGCUCGUGGAAACCACGUCGUUCACGAUGAGGAGGUGAGCUCAGCCGACGUCAGCAGCACGUCAGAGGUGAUCAGCCAACACCUGGUGACCUUCCGCAGCGUGGAAGAGCUUCAGAAGCAGAACCAGCGUCUCCUUGUGGCCCUCAGGGAGCUGAGUGAGGCCCAGGAGAAAGAGGAGUUUGAGGCCACUGGCAGCAAGCGAGGGGAGCUGGAGCAGAGUUUGGAGAAAGCCCUGACAGAGCUGGAGUCUCUGAAGGAGCAACGCGGGCAGCAGAUAAAGUUGACCGAGUCCAUCGUGAGGCAGAGGGACAUGUACCGUGUGCUACUGGCUCAGGCAACUGGAGUCAGCUUCCCACAGCAAGGUACCCCGCCCGAUGAGUUUGCGCUGACUUCCACUCCUCGACGUUCGCCCGCUACCACUCCCACCACGGGAACACCGACUGCACUCGUCUCCAUGGCCACAGAUUCAGCCGAAGCACUGGAGGCCAAGGCAGCUUUGCGACAGUUGCAGGAAGUGUUCUCCACCUAUAAGAAGGAGCGCAUGGAGAGUGAUAAAGCAAUGACCGGGCAGAACGAGAAGCUCCAGGAGCAACUCUCCAACCUCCGCUCCCAGAAUGCUAAGAUAUCCACUCAGCUGGAGUUUGCCUCCAAGAGGUAUGAGAUGCUGCAGGACAACGUCGAAGGCUACAGGAAAGAGAUCGCAUCCCUAAGAGAGAAAGGACAGAAGAUGACCACAGCCACGCAGAAGCUCGAGCAGACCAUCCACACCCUGAACGAGGAUCUGAAAGCAGCCAAGGAGAAAGCCAGCACGGCAGAGGGCCGUGCUGAGAAUCUGCGUAAGGAGAGGGACAUGCUGAAGCUGGUGGAGUCCAGGCUGAGUCAAGAGAAGGAGUCGAUCCAGAGCCAACAGCAGAACCAGAACCUGUUGCUGUCCAAUCUCCAGACUAUUCAGGCCACCCUUGAGCGUUCAGAGACGGACACUCGUCAGCGUCUGAACAGUCAGCUGGAGAAGCAGGAACGAGAGAUCUCCCAGCUGCAGAAGAGGCUUGAGCAUGAAGUGGAACAGCGCCACCUCCUCACUAGAAACCAUGAAAUCCAGUUAAUGGACGCGAAGAGGCAGCUUGAUACUCAGGUGGCUUUACACCAGAAAACCAAGGAGCUGCUGAAUGCUGCGGAGUUGGAGCUCCAAACCUUGAGGGUGCAGCAGGGCAGCGCCGAAGCACGCCACCUCCUGAGCUCCCCAUCCACACCCAUCAUCAGAGGCCUACAGGGUUCAGAUCAAGACCGGGAGGACCUACAAGGCCGUCUGCAGCUGGCUGAAACCAGGGCCGAGGAGCUGGCGGAGAGCCUGAGGUCGGCCACGGCCAACAUGGAGCAGUACAGAGCCAUGGCCCAGAGCCUGGAGGAGUCUCUGGAGAAAGAGAAGCAGGUAACAGAGCAGGCGCGCUCGUCCAUCGAGGCCCGAAUGAAGGAGGCUGAGGAGCAGCGCUGCAGGCUGGAAGAAAAGCUCCGGGAAGCAGAGAAGGAAAAGCAAGACAUGGAGGAGCAGAAGAAGUCGGCCCUGGCCUCUCUGGAGGAACAGAUAAAUAAUCUAAAGGCGAGUCUCAGCGCUGCUCAGACAGAUCACCAGGCAGCGUUGGAGAGAGUGGCAGCAGCUGAAAAACAGCAGCAACAAGCUAUGCAGGACAUCCAGGAACAGGCUAAGCUGGCAGCUGAAGCUCAAGAUAAGUAUGAGCGGGAGAUGAUGCUGCAUGCGGCGGACGUGGAGGCCCUGCAGGCGGCCAAGGCUCAGGUCCUGCAGGCCGCAGAGCUCAGGCACCAGUUGGAGGAGAGGUCCCAGAGGGUCGGCGCCGAGUUGCUGGAGGCCAGAGUCUCCUGGGAAGAGCAGGAAAAGAUACUCAAGGAGGAGAUGUCCAAGAUGGAGAGCCGCUAUGAAGAGUUGCAAAAGCAGAACACGCUCCUCCACGAGCAGAUCCAAACAAUCAGCAGGAAGAUGGCCGACAAUCUGCAGCAGACAGCGAGUGAGAGCUCCAUGAACAUAUCUCUGACUGAAGAGGGAAAAUCUCAAGACCAGCUUCUUGAGAUCCUGAGGUUUGUCCGUCGGGAAAAGGAGAUAUCCGAGUCUCGUUUUGAAGUUGCCCAGGGGGAGAGUUUGCGUUACCGCUUGAGGAUGGAGCACCUGGAACGAGAGCUGAAGGAGGUGCAGGACAACUUGAGUUCUGCACGGGAGAGAAUGCAGGUGACGGCAAAGACGCUGGAGCAGCACGACGAGCUGAUGAAGAAGACGGAAACAAUGAGCAUCCUGAUGGAGACUAACAAGAUCCUGAGGGACGAGAAGAACAAGUUGGAGAUGGAACUGCAGCAAACUCAAGCUAAGGUGCAAAAGCUGGAGUCAGACAUCAUGCCAAUGCAGCAGGCAAAUUCUGAGCUGAGUGAGAAAACCAGCAUGCUGCAGGCAGACAAGAAGUUACUGGAAGAAGAAAUCAAGCGCUGGAAAGCUCGCACUCAGCAUCUGGUGAGUCAGCAGAAAGAUUCAGACCCGGAAGAGUACAAGCGUCUGCAUUCUGAGAAAGAGGGACACCUCAAACGAAUCCAGCAGCUCUCUGAGGAGAGCGCCAGACUUAAAGCAGACGUAUCCAGGACAAACAGUCUCACAACAUCCCUGCAGGGCCAGAUACAGAACUUGCGUGAGAACUUGAGUAAAAUAACUGAGGAGAGGAAUACUCUGAACACGGACGUGGAGGCCAAAAGGCAGGAAAUCCUGGAGAAGGCGAGAACUAUCGCCCAGGUCAAGAAGAUUGGUCGGCGCUACAAGUCUCAGUACGAUGAGCUGAAGGUCAAACACGACAAGCUGGUAGCUGAUGCCGCUGCAGGCCCAUCUCAAGAAGAGGAAGCUCGUCAAGCUUCGGUUCAGGAACUGCAAACCCUCAAAGAUUCACUGAGUCAAUCUGAAACGAGGACCAAAGAGCUGGAAGGGCAGCUGGAGAACAUCAACAAGGUGGUCACGGAGCGUGAGACUGAGGCUCGUAACGCCCAGGAGCAGUCGACCAGGCUUCAGACGGAGCUCACCAGGCUGAGACAGGAGCUGCAGGAGAAGGCCUCUCAGGAGGAGUCGCUGAGGCAGCAGAUGGCCGAGAAGGAUGACAAAACGAGGAAGGCUAUUGUCUGUGCCAAGCAGAAAAUUAACCAACUCAUGGGUACCAAAGACCAGCUGCAGAAGGAAAACGAGGAAUUGAAGCAGCAGCGCGAGGAGCUGGAGGUGCGAGUGAGCGCGCUCAAGUCUCAGUACGAGGGCCGUCUGAGCCGCCAGGAGAGGGAACUCAGAGACCUGAGAGGUCAGCAGGAGAGACAAGAGCAGAGGGAUGAACCUCCGGAGGCAGGUCCCAGCAAGACGCAGGAGCAGCAGAGGAGCACAGAACAGAGGCAGAUCAGCCUGAAGACGACCCCGGCUGCAGACAGGGGCAGCGCCAGCACCUCUGAGCCUCCGACAGCCAACAUUAAGCCAACGCCUGUGGUCGCCACGGCCAGCAAACAGCCCGUCAACCCGGGGAACAAGCCCACUCCGAGAGCCAGCAUCAGGCCCAUGAUCACCCCUGCUACUGUGCCCACGCCGACACCCACUGCCACUGUGAUGCCCACCACACAGGUGGAGACCCAGGAAGCUAUGCAGUCUACUGAAGGUCCCCCGGUGGAGCACGUGACCGUGUACGGCAGCGCCAGCGGCUCGGUCCGCUCGGCCAGCCCCAACGUCCAGACCACCUUAGCGAGCGCCAUGCUGACCGUGCAGCAGACCCAGACCCAGGCCACGGCGUUCGUCCAGCCGACUCAGCAGCAGAGCGUCACCCACACCGAGCCGGCCAAUCAAGAGCCGGCGCCCGUGGUGAUAGAAGCAACACCUAGCACCUCGCAGGUGGAGUGGCCUUCGACGUCCUCCACCUCCUCUGUGUUUGGCACCGUUUCAGCAACACCAGGAACAUCAGCGAUGUCCAAGAGGCCUCGUGAGGAGGAGGAGAGCAACACUGUGGUCACAGACACAGAAUCGACCCAGGAAGAUACGUCCAGGGCUCCGAUACCCAAGAAGCUGCGCAUCAUCCAGAGAGUGGGCCCUGAGGAUGAGAUGCUGGCGGAGGACAGCGCUGAGGCUGAGGGAGUGGUUCCUACAGACAGUCAAGAUGCCACAGAAUCAAGCCAGACAGACGAGUUUCCUGCGCUGGAGGAAGGAGACGAGGCCGCAGCCUCUCAGUCCGUCACCAUGGACCAAGAUCUUAGCCUGAGCCAAAGCGACACCCCUGACCAGCUACAGCGGGAAGUGAUCGUCAUAGUAACUGACACAGAGAGUGACGAUGAGGAGGAGGAGGAGGAGGAGGAAGAAGAGCAGGACUAUGAUGAGGAGGAGGAGGAGGAGGAUGAAGAGGACGAGGAGGAGGAGGAGGAAGACGAGGAGGAGGACGACGGAGGGAUGGGGGAGGAAGGGGAGGACAGCAACGAGGGGAGCGGUGAUGGCAACGAGGCGUACGAAGGAGACGACACAGAGGGAGCUGAUGCAACAGACCCGGGCACUGAGACGGAGGAGAGUCUGGGGGCGUCUGACUCCACCCAGAGGCCAGCAGAUUCCCAGACACCCAGCUUUGAGAGCAGCUCCAUGGAGGCCUUCUCCACAGAGCAGCCCAUCUCCAGCUCCGGGACUCGCAUGCCCCAGUCGCCACGGAGACCAAUGCAGCAGCUUCCGCCCCGACUGAACAUCCAUCCGGCGCCGACAUCGGAGCUGGGGCCGCCCGCUCAGGUCCAGCGAAUCCCUGUUCGUCGCCAGUCCGUAGGCAGACUUACUCCCGGGGUGCAGGGCAGCUCUCAGCACUUCUUUGACGAGGACGACAGGAUGGUUCCCAGCACUCCCACGCUGGUGGUGCAUCACCGCUCUGAUGGUUUCGACCAGGCCAUCCAUUCUCCUCAGGUGGCAGGCGUGUCUCGCUUCAGGUUCGUUCCCUCGGACGACAUGCCGCCCACCAGCUCCUCACACUCCGACCUGGGACAGCUCGCAUCACAAGGAGGUCUUGGGAUGUAUGAAAGUCCAAUGUUCUCCGUGACGCCUGAGGAGGAGUCUGGAGGACGCAGCGUUCCCACCACACCACUCCAGGUUUCAGCUCCAGUAACGGUGUUCUCGGAGGUGGCUCAGUCCGACACCACAGAGCACGCCUCCCAGUCGGUUCCCAUGGUGAGCACCUCCACACCAGGCCUGGUGGUGCCAGGGGCGGCCGGUACAGGGGAGGAGAGGGACGACGUGUUCCUGGAGCCGGACACUGAUAGGCCCAGUGCUGAAGUGUCCGUGGAGCCUGUGGUGUCUCAGGGAGACAUGGAGGAGCCGAGCCAACUGUCUGACAAGACCAGCCUCCCCUCCACCAGCCAGGAGCCUUCCUCCAGCUCUGCAGACACGAGCUGCGCUCCACCUAAACCCUCGCGACCUGGAACCAGCAGGCAGCUGCAGCGCUGGCCGGAGAACCGAGGAGGCCGCAUGAAGAGAGGAGGCCAAGCCUUCCCCUCUCGGGGGAUGCACGGGAGGCGGUUUGCGAGAUGAAGCACUAAUCUGGAAAUUUGACAACGUGCGUCAGGAUGUUCCCGUCACAAACGAAUCAAAAUGUUCAGACUCCGUAUUCAAGUCUUAACAAUGUUCCCUUGUUCUGAGGCUUGUAGUUUAAUUUUAUUUUAUUUUUUUUGUGUUUGCUUUAAGUUCUUUUUAAAUGUACUUGACAAGUACCUUUUGUAAUUGCGGUCCAUGCUGAAGCAGUGUGUUUUAUGGUAAAUAUAAUAAACUUAAAAAACUGUAAUAACGUU